CAAUUCCUCUUCUUCCCCUUCUUUCUUUCUCUUUCUUUCUUUCUUUCCUGCCCUGGGAUAGGCUGGGUUUGGUGGAAACCCAGCCUUACUGGGUUCGUCGCCCAACCAAGGCUGGGUUCAUCGGAACCCAGCAGAUCUGGGUUUCGACGAACCCAGCAAGGCUGGGUUCCCCACCCUCCGAGGUUUCCGAUUUCCCUCCUGUUUUGAUCUGAUGUGGGGAGCGACCGUGCUUCGCCGACCGCAACCGUUUGCUUCGCCUUCACCCGUUAUUGCUGCUAGUCAAAACCCUAAACUCUCUCGCUAUUCCUUGCGGAAAACAGAAACUUUUCGUUUCAGUUUUCGAUUUUGGCCGGUAAAGUUCCAAGCUUUGGCAGUCAAGAAGCAGCUAGAGACUCGAAAAACUGAUUCAAUAGAGAAAGAGAAAUUUUCAAUUGCUGGGGGUUAUUUUGAUUUGAUAAGAUCUGCCAGGUUUGAGGUUUCAAUGAAACCCAGUAGCUCAAGUUUCCCCGAGAAAAGAGACGAAGAAGAAAUGGAGUGGCGCAGUGGAAACGUGGUAGGCUAUGCUCUGUUCAUAGGAAGUUGAACACAAAUUGAACCCAGAAUCCCCUCCCUCUCUGCAGAAAUUCGGAUCUGCCCUGCUCUGCUUCUUCCGUCCACUGCUCUAUCGUGUGUGGGGGUGAGUUUCUCGGUUUUUCUGUGGCGUGAAAGCUCCUCCAAUUUCCCGCCGGCCUUCCCUAAACUGCAGUCCGGUUGUGCUUGCAAAUUCUGUGACCUUGCUAGUGGGGGUUAUACACCAGCAAAUAGUGUGUCUGCCAGUGGGAGAUUUAUAACAUUGGCCGUGAUCUAUAGAGGAGACGUCUAUUUCGUUUCUGCACUGUAACCAUUUUUCGUGAUUACACUUGUUGGCAUGCUAUAAGUUUAAUUAAGGGCACUUCAUAUUUUACUUACUGAGUUUAUCUCAUAGUUUUCCUUGUCCACCAUUUCAGGAAGCGAAACCAAGGACAGGGAAACCACGUGAAGUGACGAGUUAGAAGGCUAGCCAUUUCAAGAUUGAUAUAGAUUUUAGAAAUAAAUCAUGAUCUUGUAA